ACCCCACAUCAACAAACCACCAUCCUCCGACCCUUCAUCCACCGACAGCGCCGAUCAACUCGACUCCGACAUACUGAUAUCUGAACUCGCGCGCGACUACUGUCCUCUGGCUCUCGCCUCAACCACCAGCUUUCCGCAAUCAUGAACCCAGAAUACGACUACCUCUUCAAGCUCCUCCUCAUCGGUGACUCCGGUGUCGGAAAGUCUUGCCUUCUCCUCCGAUUUGCCGACGACACCUACACCGAGUCCUACAUCUCCACCAUCGGCGUCGACUUCAAGAUUCGCACCAUCGAGCUCGAUGGCAAGACCGUCAAGCUUCAAAUCUGGGACACCGCUGGCCAGGAGCGUUUCCGCACCAUCACAUCAUCAUACUACCGUGGUGCUCACGGCAUCUGCGUUGUCUACGAUGUCACCGACAUGGACUCGUUCAACAACGUCAAGCAGUGGCUGCAGGAGAUUGACCGCUACGCUACGGAGGGCGUGAACAAGCUCCUUGUGGGCAACAAGAGCGAUAUGGCCGACAAGAAGGUCGUGGAGUACACCGUUGCUAAGGAGUUCGCCGAUAGCCUGGGCAUCCCAUUCCUCGAGACAUCCGCAAAGAACGCCAACAACGUCGAGCAGGCUUUCCUCACCAUGGCUCGCCAGAUCAAGGAGCGCAUGGGCAACACCACCGUCAACAACAAGCCCACAGUCCAGGUCGGCCAGGGAUCGAACGUGCAGUCCGGAAGCGCCGGAGGCUGCUGUUAAGCGGGGAGAUCGAGCAAUGUUUAUCACGUCGGGGCUAGGUUGGAUCGGUGCGAGGUAAUCGGGAACGAUUUGAAUGGAUGCUUUGAGGGCGUUCCUUGCAUGCUAGAGUGCUUGCUUUCGGGUUAGAUGAUUGCCUGUGGGUACGAGGCCUGCGUUACAAUGUGGACGAUGCGCUGCUCUUCCUUUCUACGGGAUGAUAUCGCAUCAUUGAGGUGCAGAUGCUGAGUUGAAGGUGCAUCGAAGAGAGUGGAGGGCGAUGCAGCAUCAACGCUCCAUAGCCAGUGGCGUUCAAUAGGCGUCUAGUAUCUAUGGG